CGGCGCGUCGUUACUAUGGCAACGCCGCAUGCCGCUGCCAUUUUCCAACAUGGCGCGUUGCCGGGUAACGGCUCCGCCCUUCCGUCUCCGCCAAUCAGCGGGCGCGCCUGCCCGGAGCGCGCCCCAAUAGGGUGGGGGCGCGUCUCACGUGACCGGAAGUCCGCUCUGGCCGGCGCUCUGAGGCGUCUCGAUGGUCUGAGCGCCCCGCGGGAGCUGCCGCGGGGUUUGGGGGGAAUUUUGGGGUUUUUGGGGUUUUGGGGGGUCCCAGCGGGUUCUGGGGACCCUUCGCUGCCCCCUUUCUGCUGCCCCCGAAGCGGCUCCGCCGCCGCAGGCGCGCCCCGCCAUGGCGCAGGCCCGGGGGGUGAACAGCCUGCGCUUCAACCAGGACCAGAGCUGUUUCUGUGUCGCCAUGGACUCGGGGGUACGGAUCUUCAACGUGGAGCCCCUGAUGGAGAAGGGACACCUGGCCAGCCCAAGUUCCCCGACGCCUCAGUGCUGAUCUGGGACGAUGCCCGCGAGGGGAAGGACAAGCUGGUGCUGGAGUUCAGCUUCCCCAAACCCGUGCUGGCCGUGCGCAUGCGGCACGACAGGCUGGUGGUGGCCCUGCAGAGCCGCCUGUACGUGUUCUCCUUCCCCCACCGGCCCACCAAGCUCUUCGAGUUCGACACCCGCGACAACCCCAAAGGGAUCGUGGAUCUCUGUCCCAGCCUGGAGCGGGCCCUGCUCGUGUUCCCGGGGCACAAGUGCGGCAGCCUGCAGCUGGUGGACCUGGGCUCGGCCAAGCCGGGCACGUCCUCGGCGCCGGUGACGAUCAACGCGCACCAGAGCGAGGUUGGCUGCGCCGCCCUGAGCCCCCCGGGCAGCCUGGUGGCCUCGGCCUCGCGCCGCGGGACCCUGAUCCGCCUCUUCUGCACCCAGAGCCGCGCGCGCCUGCUGGAGCUGCGCCGCGGCACCGACCCCGCCACGCUCUACUGCCUGGCCUUCAGCCCCGACUGCUCCUUCCUGUGCGCGGCCAGUGACAAAGGCACCGGGCACGUCUUCGCCCUGCGGGACACGCGGCUCAACCGGCGCUCGGCGCUGGCGCGGGUGGGCAAGGUGGGCCCGGUGCUGGGCCCCUACGUGGAGUCCCAGUGGUCGCUGGCGAGUUUCACCGUGCCGGCCGAGGCGCCCGGGGUGUGCGCCUUCGGCAGGGCCGGCCGCAGCCCCAGCUCCGUCAUCGCCGUGUGUGUGGACGGCACCUUCCACAAGUACGUGUUCAGCCCCGACGGGAACUGCAACCGCGAGGCCUUCGACGUCUUCCUGGACAUCUGCGACGACGACGACUUCUGACCCCCCCGGGACCCCCCCACACCCGGGGGACCCCCCCACACCCGGGGGACCCCCAAAACCUCGCUGCCCCC